AUGGCAGCUUAUGCAGCUCUGCUUUCUCUUACCAAAACCAUAGACCAAAUCCAAAAUCACCCCCGCCCACCCAUCUCCCUCGACAAACCACAAAUCGAACCUCUGAUAGAAAAGGCAGAGGAUAUCAUUGAGUCUCAUAUUGCCGAUCAUAUUGAGGCUCUUGCUAAGGCUAACAUCACUUCCAACAACGGCUCUUUGUAUCGAUACCUACAGAAACAGAUAAGAAAAAUGACCCUUUGUAUCAAUAACAACAAGAGUUUGAACAAAGACGACUCGCAUCAAAACCUACAGAAAGUGAUGCAAGACUCGAAUUCCAUCACAAAAGACGACUUGUUGUAUCGCAACCUACAGAAAGUGAGGCACGACUUGGAUUCCAUCACAAAAGACGUGGCUGCUGUUAAAGACAAGGUGGGGAAAAAAAUUACUCCUUCCACGGAGGAUGACGCCAUGCUGGGUUCCGAUGAUGUCAUGAACGACAUCAUGGAUAAGCUCAACGGUCCUUCUAAUUCAGCGGGGGACGAUAGUUUCAUGAACGACGUCAUGGAUAAGCUGAUCAAUCAACAAUCUAGCCGUUGGAUCAUCGCGAUUGCUGGCAUGGGCGGUAUUGGUAAGACCACUCUUGCUAAAAGAAUUUACGAACAUCCACUUGUUGUGGAACAAUUUGAUAUUCGCAGAUGGGCUACAGUUUCUCAAGAAUUUGAUUCGAAAAGGAUUUUGGUAGAAGUCCUUGACUGUUUAACCAUGGGGAAUGAGGACAGUGAAUGCGAAUAUGAAGAAUUAGGACAAAAACUGUAUCAAAGCUUAUAUGGCCGACGGUAUCUGAUUGUUAUGGAUGACAUUUGGAGUAUGGAAGCGUGGGACGGGGUGAAGCGCUUCUUUCCCAAUAACAACGACGGGAGCAAAGUGUUGAUAACCACUAGGCUAUCGAACGUGGCUUUGCAGCUGGAUGGCCCUGAUUACAUUCAGAUGAGGUUUUUGAAUCAAGACGAAAGCUGGAAUCUGCUGCGUAGGUGUGUGUUUCACGAACAAGAAUGCCCACCAGAAUUGGAAGAGAUUGGGAAGGAGAUUGCCAGGAACUGUAGAGGCCUUCCAUUGUCAAUUGUCGUGAUCGGAGGAUUCCUAGCAAAGUCUGAACAGAAACAUGAAAACUGGAAACACAUUUUAGAUAAUUUAAGCCCGAUCGUGAAUUUAGAGAAGGACGAGCAUUCCUUUAGAAUACUAAAGUUGAGCUACAAUCAACUGCCGGUCCACCUGAAGCCGUGUUUUCUUUACAUGGGCAUGUUCCCGGAGGACCACAGGAUUCACGUCCCCACACUCCUCAAACUAUGGGUUGCUGAAGGAUUUGUGAAACAAGUGGGCGGUAAAAGCUUGGGAACCAUUGCGAGAGAAGUGUACCUACAUGGUCUCGUCAUCAGAAAUCUAAUCAUGGUUCGUGAGUGGGGGCCUACUCGAAGAAUAAAACGCUGCGGCAUCCACGAUCUCCUGAGAGACCUAUGCAUAAAGGAAGCUGAGAAAUACAAAUUGUUUCGCACCAUGGAAACAACAACACACAACAACACUGACCAUCACGACCAAAUUAGCUGGCGUGCCCAACGCCGUAUUGGCAUUCACCAAGCUGGGAAAUACAUUCGACUCCCUAAUUUUGUGCAAUCCGCAUCACGAGCGCGAACUCUGAUGUGGAAAGGUAAUGGAAGAUUACCAUCUGUAGAUCCCUUUAGAUUGCUGCGGAUUCUGAAUGCAUUUACUUGCGGGCCUAGAUAUUAUGGAAAAGAAUUAUUUCUUCCUGUCAACUUGUGCCACCUGGUUGCCCCAGGGAUUCAAUUCCGUGUGGAAGUUUUUUACCGUCUCUGGAAUUUACAGACAUUAAUAGUUGGUAAGUCCGUAAAUUUGUCGGUGCUGGACAUCUGGCGGAUGCCUCAACUCAGGCACGUCAAGGUAUACUGUCUCCAGCUCACGGAUCCUCCUCCUCCUCCUCCUCCUCCUCCCCAACUCAGGCACGUCAAGUUAUACUGUCUCCAGCUCACGAACCCUCCUCCUCCUCCUCCAUUAAUGGGAAAAUUCGAAAAUGGUGAUGGGAUGGUGUUGGAGAAGCUAGAGACGCUCAAGGAAGUACUUAACUUGAGGUUGAGUGAGGAAGUGGUUGAGAGAAUCCCCAAUAUCAAGAAGCUGGGGCUUUGGCUGGGGUGGGAGGAGAUGGGGACAAAGAUAGGCUCGUUGCCAUAUCUCGAGGCCCUCAAUCUAUAUUAUUAUUCGUUCGUGGGGCCCGAGUGGGAAACAGCCGAGGGAGGAUUCCACAGCCUGAAAUACUUGACAAUCGUUGGGUGCUCUGAUCUGGAACAGUGGAGGGCAGAGGCCGCGCACUUCCCGCGUCUCGAGCAGCUCGACCUAGAGAAGCUAGACAAGCUGAAGGAGAUUCCAUUGGAAAUUGGGGAUAUACCCACGCUUAGGGAGAUCAUUGUGGUUGGCUGUGCCGACUCACUGGUGCUUUCUGCAAACAAGAUAUUAGAGGAACAAGAUAAGUGCCUUGGGGAAGUGGGCCUUAAGAUUCAUGUUUUGCUAAAUAAUCAGAACAAACUACGAAAGGAGAAGUUGAGUAGUAGUCCCAACAUCACAGUUCAUUCUUUUUGA